GUGGAAUUGAUCUGGGAAGAUGCCCUGUUCAUGUUUGAAUAUUUUAAGCCCAAGACCCUUCCUGAGUUUGACAGCUAUAAAACCAGCACCGUCUCUGCUGACCUAGCCAAUCUUCUGAAGAAGAUGGCCACUAUUGUCCCUCAAACAGACAAGCCUAUGCUCAGAUUGGAAGAAGUGUCGAGUUACAUUGAAGGGACCUUGAGCAAGGUGCCAGCCCUCCCGGAAGGUGCUGACUUCUCUCCUCCAGUGGUGACUGAGCUGUACUACCUCCUGGCUGACUACCACUUCAAGAAUAAGGAACAGUCCAAGGCCAUCAAGUUCUACAUGCAUGACAUCUGCAUCUGCCCAAACAGGUUUGACUCGUGGGCAGGGAUGGCUCUGGCCCGGGCCAGCCGCAUUCAGGAUAAGCUGAACUCCAAUGAACUGAAGAGCGACAGCCUCAUCUGGAAGCACUCCAGCCCAGUGCUGAGCUGCUUCAGACGAGCCCUUGAGAUCGAUGGCUCCAACCUCUCGCUCUGGAUAGAGUACGGCACCAUUUCCUACGCUCUGCACUCGUUCGCCUCCCGGCAGCUGAAGCAGUGGAAAGCGGAGCUGCCCUCGGAGGUGGUGCAGCAGAUGGAAGAGCGGCGCAACAGCAUGUUGGAAACGGCCCAGCACUGCUUCACGUCGGCUUCCCACUGCGAGGGUGACGGAGACGAAGAAGAAUGGCUGAUCCACUACAUGCUGGGGAAGAUUGCGGAGAAGCAGAAGCAGCCCCCGGGAUUCUACCUCUUUCACUACAAGCAGGCGGGUCACUUCCUGCACGAAGAGGCAGCCCGGUACCCCAAGAAGAUCCAUUAUCAUAACCCCCCAGAGCUUGCCAUGGAGGCCCUGGAGGUCUACUUUCGGCUCCACGCAUCAAUCCUAAAACUGGUGGGAAGACCUGACUCGGGAGCAGACGCUGAGCUGCUGGUGACUUUUAUGAAGGAAGCAGCCGAGGGGCCCUUUGCCAGGGGAGAGGAAAAACACACCCCCAAGCUCUCUGAAAAGGAAAAGCUUUGCAUGGCAGAUGAGGACUCGCAUUCUUCUGCAGGAACUCUGCCAGGCCCCGGGACUUCCCUGCUCUCUUCCUCCGGUCCAGGUCUGACUUCCCCACCCUACACAGCCACUCCAGUUGACCACGAUUACGUCAAAUGUAAAAAAAGCCAUCAGCAGGCAACACCGGAUGACAGGAGUCAGGACAGCUCGGCGGUGGGGCUCUCGGACUCCAACUCCACCCAGGACAUCUUUAUGGAGCUUGGCAGCCCCCCGGACAGCACCAAAAAGUCUUCUCCUGAGGGGAGACCCUUGGCUUCCUGCUCGGACCUCACAGCCCCUGGAAAAGAGAGCCUGGCACCCACAGAGGACAGGGGGAAGCCAGAAGACCUCCUGGAGAGCCCUGACGCCUGCCGUGCUGCGGAGCAGAAGCCCCCUCCCCAGGGGCCUUCCAAAGCCUCUGCUCCCCCCCUCCCCCAGGGCGACCCCAAGAGACCAGCCGAGCCCCUCUGCACCAGCCAGUUUGCCGAGGGCCUCCCCACAGACCUGGAGGAACAGCGCACCUUCCUGACCGAGCGCUGCAUUGCUGCCUUCCACCUCUGCCUCAGCCGCUUCCCCCAGCACUACAAGAGUCUCUACCGCCUGGCCUGCCUCUAUGCCUGCAGCCCCACCCAUAAGAAUCUGCCGUGGGCGCGCGAUGUGCUGCUAGGCAGCAGUCUCCCCUGGCAGCAGCUGAAGCACAUGCCAGCACAGGGUCUCUUCUGUGAGAGGAACAAGACCAACUUCUUCAACGGAAUUUGGCGCAUCCCCGUGGAUGAAAUUGACCGUCCCGGUAGCUUCGCCUCUCACAUGAACCGCUCCAUCGUCCUGCUGCUGAACGUGCUGUCCCAACUCAAAGAUUACCCCACCUUGCUGAAAAUCUCCUCUAUGCUGCAGAGGACCCCCGACCAGGGAAAGAAAUAUUUGAGAGAUGCGGAUCGCCAGGUUCUUGCCCAGCGCGCCUUUGUUCUCACCGUGAUGGUGCUAGAGGACAUGUUGCAUGAGCUCAGCGAGGUCUCUGAAGAUCAAAGUGGACAGUGUGGUGACAUUUUGGAGACAAGAAUGACUACUGAUGUCUUUCACAAGGCAAGUGCAGAGGAGGGCCAGGAAGACAUGCCCCCAAAGGCAGCCUUGUCCAGAGAGGAGGGGGUGUCUUGCGACAUUGAAGACGUGGCCCGAGAAGAGGGCCAGGACCAGCCUCUCGCUGCCAUGGAGCCAGCUGAGGGCAAGCCGGAGAAAGAAACGAAAGGAGUGUCUCCAUCAGGCACAGCCGAGCCCAUGGAGUAUGACCAUUUUGCUGCUGAGCCUGAAAAAAUGGAGGCCUCUUCUCUUUAUCCUGAGCUGGCCCAAGCACCCUCUGGCAAGGUCUGCAAGGACAAGGUUCCCGAGAGCCGGACCACGGCAGAGCUAUCCCUGGAGGAUUUGAGCAUCAGCUCGAAGCACCAGCAACUGGAGGCAGGGAAGGCCCAGGGCCAGGCCUGCCCCCCAGAAGAGACCAGCCAGAAGCCCAACCGGAAGAGGAAGCUGGCCGGGGAAACAGAGUCGGGGAAGACCCUUCUUCUGGACGCCUACCGCGUGUGGCAGCAAGGGCAGAAGGUCAUGACCUAUGACCUAGGCAAAAUUGAGAAGAUCAUGUCUGAGACCUACAUGCUCAUUAAGCAAGUUGAUGAAGCGGCAGCUCUGGAACAGGCCGUCAAAUUUUGCCAAGUGCACAUUGGUGCUUCUGCCCAAAAACAGUCAGCCGGAGAUGCUCCUGCCACCCCAAAGCACCCCAGAGACAGCAGGGACCACUUCUUUGCUGCUGCCCCCAAGUCUCUGACGCCCCCCCUGGGGACUGCUGCGGACACUGCCUCCUCGGAGCCGGCAGGGGUGGAGAACCUCCAGGAGAUGCCUCCUACGUCCAGUCUCAGACCUGACAAAGAAGAGGAGAGCAGAUCGGAGUCACGCCUAGCAGGACCACACCAGGAAUCCCCCCUCUGCCACCAGAUGAAAAUGGCUGCUGUCAUCCCCUCUUCUGUUCUACCACCCUGGCAGGUGGAGCUGGAGUCAGCAGGGCAGACAGCGGAUCCAGCAUCCAGUUCCAAGACAGAACUCACGGCAGAUGCGCAUCCCCUGGGGAGGCAGGUCAGCAAAACCAGCAGCAACCGAGUGAAAUCCCGCACCUUGCCCAGCGUACCAAAGCUCUUCAUCCCUUCGUCCAUCUCCAAAUUCCCGCCUGAGAUCACUGUCACUCCGCCAACACCCACCCUCCUGUCCCCAAAGGGCAGCAUCUCGGAAGAGACCAAGCAGAAGCUCAAGUCUGCGAUACUUUCGGCCCAGUCAGCAGCCAACGUGAAGAAGGAGACCCUCUGCCAGCCUGCCCUGGAGGUGGUGGAGACCUCCAGCCAAGAGUCUUCUCUGGAGACGUUCCGGAGCGACCCGACAUAG